UAGAGGUUGUAGGUGAUGACGCGGUAUUAUAAAAACGGAUUGAGACGAGAUGAGGGCAAUCAGUAGCUUACGAGGCAUCUCGCAAGAUGAGAGUUCUGAUAUUGUCUGCCGCCGUCCUGGCUUGCGCGACUGGCGCGCCUUCUGGCGCAUUUUUUGCGCCAAUUGUACCUUUAGCUUAUUCAGCCGUAGCUAUCCCAGCUGCUGUGCCCACUAUCCCUCCUGGUGAUCUGCAAGCUGCCGCCAUAGACGCACAGGUGCAGGUACAGGACCUUACAAGAGCCGCAACCGAUCAGGCGAGAGAAUUAACUGAACAAGCAGUUGAAAAUCAAAAUGAAGGUAUCAAUGAAGCCAACGACUUAGCGAGGGAAAGGGCUGAGGAAAAUUUCUGGGCAGCUGAAGAGCAGAAAUGGCAAGCUUUGGAUGCUCAGAAAACCGCCGAAGCCCAAGUUGAUGGCUCUAUCGCCAGCGCAGCGGGUGAUGUUGCUAAGGCGGCGUACACUGUACCAGCCGCUAUUGUUGCCCAACCAGUUGUCCAAAGCGCCACCGUAGUGGCAGAGACAAAGAGCGCAGCCCCUGAAGAGGCUAAGGCAGAAGAACAAAAGGAAAAAGUUGAAAGCGAAGCUUCAGCUGCGGUCAAAUCAGCGGAUGCUGAAAGCAAGCCUGUUGAGAAUGUAGCGAAAUCUGAAGAUUCUGUACAAGUUGAAGCAGCCAAAGUUGAAACUGCCGCAGCGGUGAAAGCUUCGGAAGCGAUCAACGGAGCAAACAGUGGAUUUGCUACUUUAACUCAAACACACCCAUCGCCCGUGAUCUCCGCUGCGUUUGUAGCCCAGCCUUGGCUGAACCCUGGCAUUGCGCCAAUCUCCUAUGUUCCCGGUUUGAAAUCAUAUGUUCCUUCUCUCAUUACUAAUUACAACGCACAACUCUUGAACCCAGGUUUCUAUAAAGCCGUGUGGUAAUAGUAAUACAUUUAUAAUUUAGCAUUUAUCAUUGCUAAUGACAUAAAUUGUAAUUACGAGAGUGUCUUUAAUUUCCUGGUAAUAAAAGAAUCGUGUUGAUUUUGCCGCCUUCUUCCAAAAAAUGUUCUAUUUUCGUUUUUGCUAGUCAUGUGCUAAAUCUUGUCUAAUGUAUUCUUGUCCCUGUCAAAUUUGAUACCAUCAUAUCAAAUAAAACCCUCUAAAAUAA